GAUGACCUGCAGAACUGUGUCACCGGCCACAAGUAUUAUGGUUCUUUCCUAUCAUGUAUCGACAUGACAUCAAGUCAGAAGCUAUUUGGGUUAUCAUCAUCGGCUGCUUCGCUCUUGGUGCCAUCAUCGGUGCCGUCAUCUCCAACCCAGUCAUCAACCGCAAGGGAUACAAGUUUGUCCUGUGCUGGUUCGCUCUGCUCAAUGUCAUCGGUGCCCUCCUGCUGUCGCUGACCACAAAGGUCCCGCAGUUCACCAUCGGCGGUCUUGUCGUUGGUGUUGCCGCUGGUGCUGAAAACAACACCAUGGCGACCUAUAUUUCCGAUAUGGCGACCCUGCGUAGCCGUGCAAUUCUCAGCAGUGCGCUGAAGUUUGACUGUAGCUUUGGUAUUAUGCUAGACAACGCCUGCGCCCUGGGUCUUGCCCCUCCUCUCGCUGGAGAACCCUGUUCGCUCUCACGGACGUCUUUGGCCUAA